CCCUCCUCCAACCGAUGGGCUGACACAAUUAUCUGUACAAUUAUUAGCUGUUUCUGGGAAGUUAAAAAAAAUCAGUUUAGGCGUUUUGGUGAUUUGGAAUUAUUGAUGUGCAUGAAAGUCUUGUAAUGUAGUGCGCGAAAAUUCACAGGGAAGAAAUAAAGCGAUGACGGCAUCAUUUACGGUUGCUUUCUUGCCUGAACUGCCACGGGUAUGCAGUCAGAUAGUGCUAACCAUUGUCGGAGUUUUUGGUUACGGACUCCGAGUGCUUUCCGAGGAAAUAACAAAUAUGUUUCUCAAGAGAUAGUGGACAUUUGAUUCAAAGUAUCACUUUGUAUCGCUUUAAUUCAUCAUGUCUGAUCAGAACCACUACUGGACAGUCUUGCCCAGCUACAAAACAAGUUUUGUGACUGGGGCCAUGAUGAAAAGAUCGAGAAGUUGCCGUAACAACAAAAGGGGUCUGGCGGUUGGGACCCCCUCGCCCUCACUCUCCCGACCACUCUCACCUCUCCCCCUUGCCACAGCUGGAAGUAGUCCCCAAGAAAGCCCCAGAAAUGUCUCCGCCAGUGCCUCUGCAAACUCCCAGUUUGCGCGCAGUCACCUGGCCCGCACUGAAAGAGCGGAUGGGCGGAGAUGGUCUGUGGCCUCUGUCCCCUCGUCUGGCUAUGGCACCAACCCACCCAGCUCCUCAGUGUCUUCCUCCUCCUCCUCCCAGGAGCUCUUGCACCAGCUGCCCUUCCAGCCCACGGCAGAUGAGCUUAAUUUCCUGUUUAAACACUUCCGGAGCACCGAGAGUUUGGCGGACGAGGAAGGGCAGCCCUCAUCCCUUGUGAGGCUCCGCUCCCGAAGUCUUAGCCCUGGUCGGACAUGCGGCAGCUUUGAUAAUGAGAUUGUAAUGAUGAAUCACGUUUACAAAGAGCGCUUUCCCAAGGCCACAGCUCAGAUGGAGGGGCGUCUGCUGGACGUCCUCGCCGACUGCUCCCCAGACAGCACCCUGCCUCUGGCUGACGGCGUGUUGGGCUUUAUUCAGCACCAGCUAGUGGAGCUGGCCAGAGACUGCCUGGACAAGUCCCAGAUGGGACAGGUCACCUCGCGCUACUUCAUGGAGCUGCAGGAGAAACUGGAGAAACUACUGCAUGAGGCGUAUGAGCGGUCAGACAGUGAGGAAGUGACUGUCAUCAUCAAGCUAGUGAAGAAGAUUCUCAUCAUUAUCUCCAGGCCAGCCAGGCUACUGGAGUGUCUGGAGUUUAACCCAGAGGAGUUCUUGCACCGUCUGGAGGCAGCAGAGGACCAUGCCAAGGUGGGCCAGGUCAUCAAGACAGACAUCCCCCGCUACAUCAUCAGCCAGCUGGGCCUCACCAGAGACCCUCUGGAAGACAUGGUCCAUCUGGAGCAGACCUGCCCUGGUCACGGAGCGGCCUGCAGAGACUCUGACGACACUGGGGAGAACCGGGCAGCCUGCGCUCCUUCUCGCAGGAAACCAGUUGAGAGCGACUUUGACACCCUCAAGCUCAUCAGUAACGGGGCCUAUGGUGCCGUGUUCCUGGUGAGGCACAGGGAGACCCGGCAGCGUUUUGCCAUGAAGAAGAUCAACCGUCAGAACCUGAUGCUGAGGAACCAGAUCCAGCAGGUAUUUGUGGAGCGGGACAUCCUGACCUUCGCCGAGAACCCCUUCGUCGUCUCCAUGUUCUGCUCCUUCGAGACGCGCAGACACCUCUGUAUGGUCAUGGAGUAUGUAGAAGGUGGAGACUGUGCCAACCUGUUGAAAAACAUUGGCCCACUGCCAGUGGACAUGACCAGGAUGUACUUUGCAGAGACUGUCUUGGCACUGGAGUACCUCCACAACUACGGAAUUGUACAUAGAGACCUGAAACCUGACAAUUUGCUGAUCACAUCCAUGGGCCACAUCAAGCUGACUGACUUUGGUCUGUCCAAGAUCGGCCUGAUGAACAUGACCACCAACCUGUAUGAGGAACACAUUGAAAAGGACACAAGGGAGUUUAUAGACAAGCAGGUGUGUGGUACUCCGGAGUACAUUGCUCCAGAGGUGAUCCUGAGGCAAGGCUAUGGGAAGCCGGUGGACUGGUGGGCUAUGGGCAUCAUCCUCUAUGAGUUCCUGGUGGGCUGUGUGCCUUUCUUCGGAGACACACCCGAACAGCUCUUCGGACAGGUGGUCAAUGAUGACAUCAUCUGGCCUGAGGGGGAGGACGCCCUGCCUGCUGAUGCCCAGGACCUGAUCACCAGGCUGCUGAGGCAAAGCCCUCUGGACCGCCUCGGGACUGGGGGGACACCAGAGGUCAAGAUGCACAUGUUCUUUGUGGGUCUGGACUGGAACGGACUGUUACGACAGAAAGCAGAGUUUAUCCCUCAACUGGAGACUGAGGACGACACCAGCUACUUUGACACCCGAUCUGAGCGGUACAGUCACCUGGGCUCAGAUGAUGAUGACGAGACCUGUGAUGAAGACACGUCACUGGAGCUCAAGCAGUUCUCCUCUGUGGCACAUCGCUUUAGCAAGGUGUACAGCAGCACGGAGCACCUGUCCACCUCCACGCCAUCCAAUCAUAGCCUGUCGUCAUCAGAGCGCAGCCACAGUGAGGAGAAGGUGGGGAGAUGGGAGGGGAGGAGUUUCCUAUCCCCAGAAGAGGGACACAAACAAGGGGCCAGCGGGGACCGGAGGACUGAGGGACACCGAGGAAGUCCCCCUCCCCUCAUGUGCUCUAGCCUGCGUCCCAGGGCCUCCUCCGGUUCGUCCCAGUCAGAGAGGAGUGCCAGUCCGCUGGUUAUGAACAGCACCCAGAGCCUGGACACCAUGCCACGCUUCGCCAUCUCAACUGAGGAAGAGGAUGGCGUAGUGUCCAACUUGCGGCGUAUCCGUCUUCGUAGUAACAGCACAGGUACGCGGCCCUCCUACAGGCGCGGGGGCUCCCGCCGCUUUGGGCACCAGCUGGACACCCCCGAGAAGCCUAGGGCACCAGCGGGCUGCAUGGUCCCCAAGUCUGCCUCAGUCUCUGGCCUGUCCCUCAUCAUCACCCCAGACACUGCGGACGGUGCCCCCGCCAGCCCCAAGUCAUCCCUGUCCUCCAACCCCUCGUCCCGGGACUCGUCCCCCAGCCGAGGGGACCUGUCCCUCAGUAGCCUGCGCCCCCCCGUGGUCAUCCACAGUUCUGGGAAGAGGUUCGGCUUCGCCCUGCGAGCCAUUCGUGUCUACAUGGGUGACUCCGACGUCUACACUGUGCACCACAUGGUCUGGUGUGUGGAGGAGGACACCCCGGCUCAUGAGGCAGGGCUGAGAGCCGGUGACCUCAUCACCCACGUGAAUGGCGAGUCGGUCCAGGGACUCGUGCACACUGAGGUGGUGGCGCUGCUGCUCAAGAGUGGCAGCAAGGUGACGCUGCAGACCACAGCCCUGGAGAACACCUCCAUCAAGGUGGGCCCAGCCAGGAAGACCAGCAACAAGAGCAAGAUGGCCCGACGCAGCAAGAAGAAGAGGAAGGACGACCAGGACAGUAGACGACGUAGCGUCUUGAGGAAGAUGGCCAAGCACACCCCUCCUCCCAUGCAGAGCAGUCGCAGUUUCUCCUCCGGCUUCCAGCAUUCAGUAUCCUCCAGUGACAGCUUGUCUGGCUCCCCCACCCAGAGCCUCUCGCCUGGGCCCAGCACACCCUGCCCCUCCCCCGCCCCCGACCAGUCUGGAGACUCCAACUCCCCCCAGAGCUCCUCUCCCUGCUCCAGCUCUCCCAACUCCCCCGUCCCCCAGGCCCGUCCCAGCUCCCUCCAGGUCCUAGGCCGCUACACCAAGGCAGGCCGCUGCAAGUCCACCAGCAGCAUCCCCCCCUCCCCGCUGGCCUGUAUCCCCCCUCCGCAGCCCCUUUCCUCCCAGUGCUCUCCGUCCUCCCUCCCUGGCCUGUCCAAGGGCCUCCACGGCAAGACCCUGUCCCCUCCCACCGUUGCCCGCCACUCUGUCCGCCCGCGCAGCGCCGAGCCGCCCCGCUCUCCCCUCCUCAAGAGGGUGCAGUCGGCUGAGAAGCUCUCCGGGGUGUACCACGGUGACAAGAAGGGCUACGCCACCCGCCGACACACCAUGGAGGUACCUCUGUCGGAGGGGGAGGGGCUAGAGGACCUGGAUACGGCCAGAGGAUUUGUCUGUGUGGGGGAACAACAUGGCCGCCAGGGCCUGUAUCUGGGCGGUCAGAGAAUCCACAGGGAGUCGACAAGCAGCGACCACCGCAGUGACCACUGCUCCAAGGAGUUGGUGAUGAGGAAACUGGCCCUGUCCGAGAGGAGGGACUCCUUUAAGAAGCAGAAGGCGGUGCAGGAGGUGAGCUUUGACGACCCGAAUGAGAAGGAGCCAAGAGCCAACCUCCCCGUCAGGCAGCCGCAGUUUAAGGCAUCGUGGAUUAACUUGGCUCAGUCCGACUGGAGCCUGGAGGCUGCGGGGAGAGGAGCACAGGGUACAGCAGCACAGAAAUCCAAACCAAAAGAGAGGGAGGGGUUUUAGCCUAGCGUUGCUCCAAAAAGGUAAAAGGUAGAGUCUUUCUCAAGACAGCAAAACUCUAGACUAAGGUUACAUACUCUCUUAUCGACUACUGUACAGUAUUUGAAGGGCUUGCAUGUUUAUCCGCAAGUAUAUACUCAAGUUGUGGCAACCGGAGGGAGAGAAGAACUAAAAUAAAGUUGUUACAUGGUCGAGUUAACGUUACAGUAUGUAUCCUACCACACUAAACAAACUUUUGAGUGCCAAAAUUGGUUUACAUCCUAUUUUUGGUUUCCCCCUCCUUCACCCUUUGGUUUUAGGUUCACUGUAGCACCUGUAACAUGUUUGUACUUUGUAAAUACGUUUUCAUUUUCAUUUUUUUAACUGAAAUAACCUAUUCAUGACUUUAAUGUUAAUUUGUUUUUAUUUCAGGGCUGAAUAUGACGUCAUGUAUUAUUGGCCCGAUUUGUGUAAAUCGCACAAAUUAGGUGCAGCCAUUCUGUUGUGUGAAUUGAUAGGGACUUGAGGAAACUAAAUAAGAACAAAUGUUUUAGAUGUGGUUUCUAGAUGGAGACAGAGGAUGAAGCAAUUUCUUUGUCCAUUAUCUCUUCAAUUUUAAGUUGGUUAACAUUUAGUAUUCCAAAAGUGUUUAAUUUCUUGGGAAAUGGCUGCUGAUUUGUCUGAUCAAAUAUGGCCUUUCAAACAUAUGUUGAAUGUUUGUACUUACUGUGUCCAAGCCCUUUUUAAUUCAGUGCUGUCUUUUAACACACUAGAACAAUAAUGUGUUUGGUAAUGAUUUGUAGUCCACUAUCUGGACUGGAUCCAAGCGAAUCAAGUAAAGUGUGUCACGUUUUAAAAGACCUUGGCACAAGUAUGAAAGGUAUCUACAUUCGGUAUGCCAAAGCGUGGAUUUCUCAUAGGAACCCUUCUAAAAAAUAAAAAGAAGAGGUAGUGUACAUAGAAGGCUUUAGGAAUAGGGCCCUGCUGCCAUGCCCUGUCAAUCAUCCAGUGAAAUCAUAAAAUGGAUUCCACCAAUUCUCUCAUUGGUUUAAAUCACAAAAUGAUUGACAAAAUAAAUUAAGCUAAGUUCUGCCUUCACUACCUUUUUUUGAUACUAGAUUGUUGGCAAUCCUGCAAUGCCGUACUUACCUGCUUGUUGAAGCAAGCUACCCUACAAUCUAAUUUAGCAGGAGAGCGUUUGUACAGGUUAGGCAUUUCCUCUUAACGCAGUUCUCGUUAUUUUUCAGAACCCUGGUUUAAGAAUCGUACAGUGGUAUGUAGGAACUAGCUCUCUUUGCGGUUUUUAACCAUGUUAUAUGAAUGUUUACAUUUUUUGGGGUCAAGUGUACUGUAUUUGUAGUUUUUCCAUCUGCUGUUAAGUUAUUACAAUGAAUGACGGUAAACGGCAGGAUUCCAACAGAAGCCCUGAGGGACAAAUUGAAAUGUUUUUUGUGUGUAUAUUUUGACAUGGAAGCAGUCUUGUUGUAUUGCUGAUUCGCCUAUGCUAUUCACACACACCGUAACUAAUCUAAACGGCAGUUGGCAAUGAUUAAAAAGUGACUUGGGGGGGGGUAAGAACAGCAGACUUGAUAGAAUGACAGUGGUUUGGUGAGAGAUUUGAAGAUGGUUUUGCUCUGAACUUUGUAUACUCUCAUUGGCACAUUGUUUUCUUCUGCAACUAUGGAAUUAACAGCCAAAAUGCUUCCACUCUCGCUUAUGUCAAAUAAGCUGUAAUAUCAGGAUGAACUGUCAGAUGAUGUUAGGAACACAUGUUUCACGGUGGGAAUAUUGACAAGAGUUAAAAUAAUAAUUUAGCACCAACUAAUACUUGAACAACUGGAACGAGAUAGGAUCGCGCAAGGUCAAAUCUAAAACUUAUCUACUUGUUUUAUUACCCAACAUUGUUUACUUAAUUAGUACUUGAAACAUGUGUUUCUUGAGGAUAUAAUCAAAUAAGUAAUUCAAUUCACAAUGGAUUUCCCAGAUCUUGAUUAUUGUCAAAAUGUGGUCCGUUUGUUGGAAAUACUGCAUCUUGCUACGGUGUAAUCAUACUAGACAUUUUUACUGAAUAACUACAUGUUAAAUUUGUCAGAUGUCUCCAUGGUCUAGCUUGCUAGAGAAUUUGUCUGAUUCUUACAGUAUGGCUAAGCUGACCACGAUUGUGAACAUAACCAUUCUGCAUUUCUACACUGUUCAAUGUUACACAAACAACUGGCACCCAAAUUUGUUCUUGUACAUUGUUUACGUCACUGAAUUGUAUAGAUUUUUUUUCUUCCAUUUUUCUUUCCAAUUCGACUUCAAUAACACUUAAGAAUAAAGGGGGUAAAGUAUGCGGUGCACACAGUAUACAACCAGCUGAUGAUACUCUCACAUUUUUCCUGACACUGUAUAUGGAAAAGGGGACAUCUGUAAUGUUGAUUUCGUCACAUGGGUGGUCAAUUGUAAUUCAUAUAGGUAAUUCACAUUGUUUUGUUCUGUCUUUUAACUUGGUGGCCCUUGAACAACUUCAUUUCAUAUUUAUCAAACUGGUUUCUGGUGAAAUCCAUUGCUUUAUACGCUCUAACAGCAUUUUGAAAUAAAUUUAAUGGCAGAAGACUAA